ACCCUUUCAUUUGACAUGUUUUCAUUCUGUUAGUACCGCGUUUUUAAAUUAAAUAAAUAAAAAACACUAAAUCUCAAUAUUUUCCUCUUUUACAAUGAAUUUAAUUUGCCUUCCUGGACAGAGACUAUGUCUCUCCGAUGAAAAUACAAUUGCCGGCCAAGGAACAUACGAGCGACAAGGCUACAUUUACGCAACACUCGCCGGAACAGUCGAUGUCCGUGAACAAGAUAAUAAGUUUAAAUUAGUUGAAGUUAAAUGCGUUGGCAACCAAACUAUUGUACCUGUUACUGGCGAUGUUGUUACAGCCCGAGUUCAACAGGUUAAUCAAAGAUUCGCCAAAUGUUCUAUCAUCUUCAUUGGUGACCACAUUUUAGAAAGAAACUAUCGAGGAAUCUUAAGGAAAGAAGACGUCCGAGCAACCGAGAAAGACCGCGUUGAAAUGUACAAAUCAUUUCGACCAGGUGACAUUAUUCUAGCCCGAGUGCUCCCACAAACAGAACUCUCCUGCUACCAACUAAGCACAGCUGAGAACGAACUUGGUGUUGUUGUGGCUUUGGCCAAUGAAAGUGGUCCAUACGGCGUCCCAAUGGUGCCGGUGAGUUGGACUGAAAUGCAGUGCCCCGAUACACUUGUUAAAGAACUGAGAAAAGUAGCAAAAAUCGUCCCGGAGAGUGCACUUAAAACAGAAAUUGAAAACCAAUAAACUAAAUUCAAAAUAAUCCAUA